AUGACGGAAGCGACGUUGCUGUUGUUGGUCGUGGCGUUGCUGUUAACACAGUGUUCCGGCCGUGCAGUGGACGGGAGCAGUGGACGGGGCAACGAGUACGGCUUUCUGGCGAAACUGUACGGGGACGUCGGGCGGGGGAAAAACUCGUCCUGCCAGCAGCUACCGACGCUGGUGCUGAUUGAACUGCUGGGUGCCGCCUUCAACCCGCGCUACAUGAGCAUCGAGGAACCGCCGAUCGCGGACGACGGUGACGAUGGGACGAUGGCCGGCGGUACCGGCGAGCACCACCGGACAGGUACGGGCAGCGCCAAGCGAAACUCGGAACCGUUUCUGCCGUUCUACGUCGACGACAAGUACCGGCCGGAGCCGAGCAACAAACCGGCCUGGGAGGUGAACCACGUUUUGGAAGCGAUACCGUACAGUGCGCCCGGAGCGUCCCGCACCCGGCGCGAUCUGUUCAACGCAGUUCUACACGAUAUGGUCGAGGAGGCAAAGGUGGAACCGGAGACGACACCGGCACGCGGCAAGCGCUCGUUCGACGGUAAGAGCCGAGCGCGGAAGGUUACCGGCGGUAGCCCGCGUCCGUGGGAGUGCGAGUCGAAAAUCCGGUGGACGGACCUGGGCCCGGACUACUUCCCGCGGUUUCUGCGGUCGGUCGAGUGCACGCGCCAGAACUGCUGGUACGGCCACUACACCUGCCAACCGCGCUCGUUCCUGGUGAAGAUCCUGCACCGCCGGACCGGCCAGUGCGUCCAGAGCGAUCGGCUGCGGAACCAGAUCGACGUCGACGAUCUGCCGGGCGGGCUGUGCGAGCUGUGGGUCUGGGAGGAUCGGCCCGUCAACUUCUGCUGCGACUGUGCACCGGCCUUCUGA